AUGAGUACAGAAGGAAAAGGAGAAACGACGACAACAGCAGCAACAACAACAUCGCCAACCAUUCCAUUACAUCGUCAGGAAUUAUUAAAAUGGCAAGGUUGGGGUUAUCGUGAUUCUCGAUUUUUUAUCAAUUCUAAUGGUUUAAUUGAAUUUUCUGGUUCGCGUUAUUUACUAAGCGGCCAUGUUCUUCCACGUCUGAAAGAUUGGAUGUUUAAUAAAUUAAAUUCCAGUAUUGAUAAUUAUUCACCAUGUGUUCAAGAACCAAAUCCUGAUUUUAUAGCUGAUCCAAUUCUCAAUAAUGAAUUUAUCAGUGACUUCCAAUCAACACUUGGUACCACAAUUCAGUAUUCAGUCGAUAAGAAUGAUCGUCUUUUUCAUGGUCAUGGACAUACACUUGAGGAAAUCUGGAAAUUACGGCACGGUGGUAAAUUUGAUCGUUUACCUGAUUGGGUUGUUUGGCCAAAACAACAUAGUGACGUAGAGAAAAUUGUUCGACUAGCUACUAAACAUGACAUUUGUUUAAUUCCAUUUGGUGGUGGUACAUCCGUGACAUGGGCACUAAUUUGUCCAACUAAUGAAAAACGUAUGAUUGUUAGUGUUGACACAUCACAAAUGAAUAAAAUAUUAUAUUUGGAUGAGAAAAACUUAACAGCACGUAUUCAAUCAGGCAUUAUUGGACAAGAUCUUGAACGUGAAUUAGGAAAAAAAGGAUAUUGUACUGGACAUGAACCCGAUAGUAUGGAAUUUAGUUCAUUAGGUGGUUGGGUAGCAACAAGAGCAUCUGGAAUGAAGAAGAAUGUAUACGGAAAUAUUGAAGAUUUAGUUGUUCACGUAACAAUGGUAACGGCAAAAGGAACAAUUGAAAAAAGUUGUUUAGGUCCUCGACAAUCUGUUGGUCCAGAUAUUCAUCAUUUUAUUAUGGGCUCAGAAGGUACCCUAGGUAUUGUUACUGAAGUAACAAUGAAAAUUCGGCCAUUACCCGCAUGUAAAAAAUAUGGUUCCAUUGUUUUUCCGGAUUUUGAAUGCGGUGUUGCAUGUUUACGUGAAAUAGCACGUUUAAGAAGUGCACCAGCUUCUAUACGUUUACUUGACAACGAACAAUUUUUAUUCGGACAAGCAUUAGCAACUGACAAUAAAGGAAUGUUACAUUCAUUAGUUGACAAUAUUAAAAAAUUAUACAUUACAAAAAUUAAAGGCUUCGAUAUUAAUCGAAUGUGUGCAGCGACAUUACUUUUCGAAGGAACAACCAAUGAAGUUAAUCAACGUGAAAAAUUCGUUUAUGAUAUCGCUCAAAAAUAUAAUGGCAUACCAGCAGGUGAAGAAAAUGGUUUGAAAGGAUAUACAUUAACAUUUAUGAUAGCCUAUUUACGUGAUAUUGGACUUGAUUAUCGAAUUGUUGCUGAAUCAUUUGAAACGUCCGUACCAUGGGAUCGUGUCAUUGAUUUAUGUCGUAAUGUUAAAAAACGUAUUAUUACGGAAUGUGAAAAACAUGGUGUUAAAUAUCCACCAUUUUCUUCAUGCCGUGUAACACAAACGUAUGAUGCUGGCGCUUGCAUUUACUUUUAUUUUGUUAUGAACUACAACGAUAUUUGUCCUGGUAGUGAUCCAGUUCAUAUCUAUGAACUCGUUGAACAAGCAGCACGCGAAGAAGUAUUAGCUAAUGGUGGAAGUUUAUCUCAUCAUCAUGGUAUUGGAAAAAUUCGUACUAAAUGGAUAAAACAAGCUGUUAGCGAUCUUGGUGUUGGUACAAUGGUAUCAAUUAAACAAUACUUGGAUCCAAAUAAUAUAUUCGGUUCGAAAAAUUUAAUUCCAGAAUCAACCGAACCGGAAGAACAUCUUAAAGCUAAGCUCUAA